AGUAUGUAAACGACCUUCCAUCAAUAAACAUCUCUUUUUUUCUCUCUGUCUUUCGCUGUAUGUGAUUUAAAUCAGUGAAAAGGUUUUAUCAUCAAUCAAAAAUCACUAUCCAGCUCAAUACGUAGAAUUUGAAUAAACGAUUUAGUUUUAAGAUAGUUUAGCGCAAAAAAAAAUCAGAGCAAAAAAAAAGCAUUACAAAUUCUCUUUUCGUUGAUGUACAUUUUAUGUCAGUUGAUUUCCAUUUUUGAACGGGACUCCGGUUGCUACUAACGGUUUUCGGUGCACAAAAAUCGCGAUCUCUUGCAUUUUUCCUUUCAAACGGCUCUGAGACGUGGAACGAUCAUCAUUGCACUUUCACGUACUCGAUCACUGGAUUAGAUUGAAGGAAGUGUUUUGUAUUAAGUGUCACACAUAUCAUUUUUUUUUCUGGAGCAGUUGCAAUCGAUUCAAGAGAGAACACGAUUCAUGCAGAGGAAAAAAAAUAAGAAUCAGAGAGCGAAAGUGCUUAAUAUCGCUGAUAAAGUUGUGUGAAAGUGAUAAAGUGACAUUGAUCGAACAAAAAAGCAACAACAAUUAGUAGAGUACUGAAAAUCGGUUAUCAAGUGAACGCCAUAGCAUAAGUGUUUUUCGACACUUUAACAGCCGACCAAAAAAAAAGAUAAAUUGUAAUUAAAGUUUGCGAGAGUGCGAGAAGCGACAAAUAAUUUCGACGACAUGUUUCGAGUUGCGAUAUUGGUGAUUUGCUUUUCGAUUGCAUCGGCUCAACGUAGUGGCAACAUUGUCGGCAAAGAUUGUGUAAAUUGCAUCGAUGAUACGCCGCUAGCCAACCGAUGGACCAUGCCAUUGCAUAAAAUUGGUGACAAAAAAUAUUACAUCGGCACAUUUUUCAAGGCCAACUGGUUUAAGGCGUCGCAAUACUGUCGCUUCCAUGGAAUGCAUUUGGCCAGCAUUUCUUCGCAAGAGGAGAAUGAUCGGCUUGAGAAACACAUCAAAGAUUUCGGAUUUGGCAAUGAACAUUUCUGGACGAGUGGUACCGAUUUAGCUGAAGAGGGUAACUUCUUCUGGAUGGCCACCGGCAAACCCAUUACAUUUACCAACUGGAACGCGGGCGAACCCAACAAUUUCCGAUAUGAAAACGGUGAAGAAGAGAAUUGUAUGGAAUUGUGGAAUCGCGAUGGCAAAGGCCUCAAAUGGAACGAUUCACCAUGCAGUUUCGAAACUUUCUUUGUAUGUGAAGCAUAACAAAGAUAAGCUUUGAAAUGUCCUAUCGUGAAUGUGACGGCGAAUUUUUUUCAACUCAUGAUGGAAUAUGAACGCAUUGGUUUCUGUUUUUUUUUCUCGUAAGACAAUAUUGUUUUGGCAUUUGAAGUGUUGAGCCAGUGUUGGUUAGAUUGUUUUUAAUUGAAAAAACCCGAAAAUUGUUUCAAAAACAAAAUUGUUUUUUUGCUACCAUAGAAUUUCUCACAUUUCGGAAAUCCGAAUCAAUUUUCCGGAUUUUUCAAUUACGGUUUUUAACCAAUAUUCCACUGAACAAUUCGAAUGCCGACCAAAAUUUUCGUCUUGGAAAAAAAGUCUAUAUUUCAUGAGGAGUCGAUUUAAAAAUUUUCCCUUUGAAUGUGGCCCAUUUAAGUUGCCUUUUAGAUUUUAACAAUGCAACGAGACAAUUGUAAAUUAAAUAUGUUUAAAGCAAAGGAUUCGCACGCAUACAACGAUGAAAAUGAACGGGAAAUGCGUUCCAAUUCAGGAAAAUAAGAGUGUAUUCGGAUAUAUUAUGUGAAGGAAGAAAAAAACAAUGUGUAUAUAAUUACGAAAAAGAAAGAAGAGAAAAAAAAUGAAUAAUGAGAAAUCGAAUAAUUUAUUUAUUGCUCAAUCAGACAAAGAAAGACACACAUUAUUUUUCUAUCGACAUUUUUCUUCUUUUUUUAGUUUCAACUUCUUCUGAAUGAAUCUUUGCAUUUAGCGUAUUUUCGUAAAGAUUUCUUCUCUUUUUGCACACAUUGUAGCUUAACUUACGCUUGCUAAGCUACCUAAAUACUGCAAAAAUAUUGUGAUUAAUUGACCGCGCAGAAUUGAAUAGUUCUUUUGUUUCUCUCUUUUUAUAAUGAGAUUUACAAGCAUCAAAUAAUUAUUUCAGGAGAGGUGAAAAGAAGAAGAUGGAAAUAAAACAGUAAUAGUAAUACUCUGAAACAUACAUAUUUUUUAAAAUGCAAUGUAUAGUAUUAGCGUUUAAUGUUACCUUUCAAAUGAUGCGCCCAUAGAUGUUCACUCGCAUUUAGAAUCGUUGAUUGUAAUGCAUAAAUUUAGUUGAUUUCAGUUAAGUCAAUAUUUUAAGAUAAGAAAAAACCGAUUUUCGAUUUUAUUUUAUUUUUUUGCCGUUCAAAAACCUCGAAAUAAAAUUGGAAAUAACUUUAAAUCAACAAA